CCAGCACACGCGAUGCGAUUAUCAAAUAGUAACGGCUUUUUUCGGUUUUUGGAAAAGAAAAACGAGAAAAAGCUGUGGUUCCAAAUCAGAGCCACUCCUCUCCCAUUUCUCCUCCUCCUCUUCCUCCGUCCUUCUUAAGCAUUCAACCGUUUUCCCCUCUACUUUCUCUCUCUACUUUCUCUCUCCUCUCCAUUCAAUCUCAUUUCCAUCUUCCACGUCCAAAUCACCCUCAAUCUGUCUCAGAUCUAACCUCACCUCUUAAUUUCUCAUCUAGAGCUUUUUUCAGAGCUCGCGAUCGAACUCUCCUAUGUGACUUCUUCGACAUUGCACAAUCAUACCGAUUAUAUAUAUUUGUAUAUAUUUUGUAUAUGUGUAUUCAUGUAUACACGCAUUCAAAUUCUUGAUUUUGUAGGUGUGAUCGUUUCGCGCUAACUCUGCGGGUUUUUUUUUGUGCAUUUUUAGCGAUGUAGUUUGGCUGAAUCUGAGGAGAUUGUGUUGAUUCGACAUGUUUGAAUUUUACAUAGGUCACGAGUUGUGAGUUUUGGGGAAAUUAGGGUUUCUGGAGAGAGAGAAAGAGGGAGAGAGAUGGAGGUUGCAGCUCAAUUGAAGCGCGGGAUCUCGCGGCAAUUCUCGACGGGGUCGUUCCGGAGGAGCGGCAGGUUCAGUUUCAAGAGACAGGAUUCUCUCGAUCCCCGGCGCAACAAUAUGCGGUUCACUUUGGGGCGCCAGUCUUCUCUCGAUCCGAUUCAUCGGAGCCCGGUCAAUGAGGAGCUCACGGUGCCGGAAAAUCUGGACUCCACAAUGCAAUUGUUGUUCCUGGCGUGUAGAGGGGACGUGAAAGGGUUGCAGGAUUUGCUGGACGAGGGCACUGAUGUAAACAGUAUUGAUUUGGAUGGACGGACUGCUUUGCAUAUCGCCUCGUGCGAAGGGCACAUCGAGGUUGUGAAUCUCUUGCUGAGCCGGAAGGCCAACUUUGAUGCCCGUGAUCGUUGGGGCAGUACGGCAGCUGCCGAUGCUAAGUACUAUGGAAAUGUAGAAGUCUACAAUAUUUUGAAGGCACGUGGAGCCAAAAUUCCGAAAAUCAGAAAGACGCCGAUGACUGUUGCAAAUCCUCGAGAAGUGCCAGAGUAUGAGCUCAAUCCUCAAGAGCUCCAGAUUCGCAAAGGAGAUGGUAUCACAAAGGGAACAUAUCAAGUAGCUAAAUGGAAUGGCACAAAAGUUUCUGUGAAGAUACUUGAUAAGGAUAGCUAUUCAGACCCUGAAAGCAUAAAUGCUUUCAAACAUGAGUUAACUUUGUUAGAAAAGGUCCGACAUCCUAAUGUGGUUCAGUUUGUUGGAGCUGUCACCCAAAAUAUACCCAUGAUGAUCGUUUCAGAGUUUCAUCCAAAAGGUGACCUUGGGUUCUAUCUUCAAAAGAAAGGGCGUCUAUCUCCAUCUAAAGCUCUCAGAUUUGCCCUUGAUAUUGCCAGGGGCAUGAACUAUCUUCAUGAAUGUAAACCAGACCCAGUCAUCCACUGUGAUUUAAAGCCAAAAAAUAUUUUUCUGGAUGGUGGAAAUCAGUUGAAGGUAGCUGGAUUCGGUUUAAUAAGGAUGUCAAAAUUUUCACCUGACAGAGCAAAACUACUACAACCUGAGGCCAAUAUUGAUUUUACAAGUUUAUAUGUGGCACCUGAGGUCUAUAAAGGUGAAAUAUUUGACAGAAGUGUUGAUGUAUACUCUUUCGGUCUUAUUCUUUUUGAGAUGAUGGAGGGAAUCCAACCUUUCCACCCUAAAUCUCCGGAAGAUGCUGUUAACUUGAUGUGUCUACAGGGAAAGAGGCCAACAUUCAAGAUAAAAUCUAAACAUUAUCCUCCAGAUUUAAAAGAAUUGAUUGAGGAAUGUUGGGCCCCAAAAAGUUUUGAGAGACCGACUUUUUCUGAGAUCAUUACACGGUUGGAUAGAAUUGUUGCCCACUGCGCAAAAAAUGGCUGGUGGAAAGAUACCUUUAGGCUCCCUUGGAUAUAAGAGGUGGCAUUCAGAUCCAUUAGAGACGGAAAAAGUAGAUCAAGGGAUCUCCAUGGUCUCGAGAGCUUUGAGCUUCAUGUUCUGCUGUUGUUAAUCCGAGGGAUGGAAGAUCUUGGGAGAAACAGUUUGGUUCUUUACUAAAAAGCUUUUCUGCUCGUUUGUCUUUAAUCACGGAAGGAACUGAAACUGCUCCUUUCUAUAUAUAUAUUAAGUAAGAUCUUUCUUCUAGACCGUUUGCUCUUGUACACAGAUAACAAUUAGCUUACUUAUAAAUGCAGCCGGCGAAAAAAAUAUGUUGCUGCAUUAGUUUUCUUUCUGUUCUGCUGUUGUUUAUCCGAGGGAUGGAAGAUCUUGGGAGAAACAGUUUGGUUCUUAACCGAAAAGCUUUACCAUUUGUUUGUCUUUAAUCACGGAAGGAACUGAAACUGCUCCUUUCUAUAUAUAUUGUGUUAAAAGAUCUUUCUUCUAGAUCGUUUGCUGUUGUACACAGAUAACAAUUAGAGUAUUUAUAAAUGCAACCGGUGAAAAAAUAUAUGUUGCUGCAA